AUGGUCAGCAUCAUAGAGGCAUCGCUUGCCUUCAUAGCCGUCUGGGUGGUGUCAAGGGUUGUCAAAUUCAAUAGUAACCUUAAGCAUCUAUUUCUAGGCUGUGGGUCAUCUCCCUGGAUUCAGAGUUCCAUUUCAACCGCUUUCUCCUAUCGGAGUCAUACUCCCAUCCUCAAAGAAAUGGAAUCCAGGUCUGAUGUUUAUGUGGGAUUGGAGGAAGUUUCGUAA